AUGUGGGCUCAAAAGCCGGGAGGCCAGGGCCGAAACGCAGCACGGAGGGCAGACGCACAGGGCUGGUUGGUCUCCUGCAUUCCGCCCCCAGGUCCGACCGCACAAGAUGCAACGGCCAGCGUUCCCCACCGGGAGGUGCGGUACUGCAGUGCCCUGGCGGCUGGAAGCCGCCCCCAGCAGUGCUGCGACACCAUUUCAGCGGACUUUCACAAAUUGGAGCUCGAGGCCGGGCCCCAGUCGUUUCCGCUUCCGCCGCCGCCAUCCAGCCAGCCGCGUGACGAAACCUCCGACUACCAAUCCGUGGGGGUACCCCUUCCACCUUCUGCCGAGGGACUCAUUACUCCCGGCGUGCCGCUGGCGCCCUCAGAACCUGACGGGUUUUCGGUGAACAAGUUGUUCCUAGUCCUACCCUAG